UGUAAAAUUUUGACACGAUCCAGAAUACAACGGCAACCAAAAGCGUCAAGAUGGCUGAUAGAAUGAGCGAAGAAGUUUUUAGGCGACGAGUUCAACAUAAACUGGCUGGUCGUCUUUUGGAUACGAUAGACCCAGAUCGUUUAUAUGCAGAAACACGACCAGAAGAAUCAAAAUUCAGGAGCAUUAACCCAGAAACUCGCAGGCAAUUUGAAGAAACAUUUGGAAAAUAUCAGAAAAAAGAAUCUGCAUUCAGUAUUCAGAAUAUUACAUGGUUAAUAGCUUCCAUUGCUGUGUUUCAUUUUAGUGAUUUCUACAUGGUUUUAAGAUUCAAUCCAAAUGUUAACAGAUUAUGGUUUUAUAUAGGAGCUAUAUUGAUUGCUAUUAAUGUUUGUGUUGCAAUAUUUCUAAUUGGUUGGUUAACUUAUAUAAAGAAGAUAAGUAGUGACCAAUGGGAAAAACGUUACCCUGCAGCUAUCCCCAUAGCAACAGGUUGUUUUGUUUGUGGUGCUAUAUGUGUAAAUGUUGGUUUAUGGCCAGUAUGGGGACUUCUAACUCCAGUUAUUCUCUUCACUAUAUUAAUGGGAAUAGUCGUAAUCAUCGCCAUGCUGGGCUAAAAAAAAUAUUAUGUAAAAGAAAGAGUGACAGAUUUGAUAUUUUGACAGCUAUUUUAUUUUCAACAUCAAACUAUCAGAAUCAUUAUUAUUAUGAAAAUGAUAUAGAAGCUGUAUCUCUGUGUAUGGCAUCAACUCUUACUUCUUGAAAUACAUCUAAACACUUGAAAGUCUUUUAGCAUCUCCUUUGUAAUGGCAAGCAUGUCUUAAGGAUAUAUAGAGUCUAUUAUAAGCCUUGCCUUAAGUACCCAUUGAUAUAUUAAUACCGCAUCAAGCCUUUUCAUUGAUGAUAGUUAGAUCUACUGAUCAACAAGGUUAAUCCUAAUUAAUAUCCUCUCAUUAUACGUCUUAAUUUCCAUUUCAAAAAGAUCACUCCCUUAGUAGAUGUGUACUUAUUAUUAAUUAAAUGUGAAAUGAAGAGAGAGUAUUUACUGAUAUGAUUGUAUAUUCUGGAUUUUUUAAUUUACAUUUAUUGGGAAUUUUUUAGACUUUAUGAUGUGGAAUUACAUGCCCACAUUUAAUGAGAAUAUAUUGUUGUCACCCUUGUCCGUCCAUCCAUGCAUGCUUCCACACAAAAUAGUCUAUAUUUUUUAUCCAAUUUUAAUGAAACUUGGUAAAUUGCCUUAUUUCCUUGAUAUCUCAAAUAUAUCUGUUUUUGAACUGUCAGUGAGCUAUUCAAAGCCCAUAAUCAACUAUCUAGACAAUUGGAUGGUUGUGAUUUUGAACGGGUUGAAACAAAAUCAUCAUUUAAUAAUUUAAUUUAAAAAUGGAUACUCGAGACUGUUUAAUAUCGUAACAGUGGUAGCAAUGAAAAUUGAAACUAUGCCAUUCUUCAAAUAUCCAUUGAAGUAAUUUGACUGAACUUUUUGAUUAUUCCUUGUUCACUUAAUAUUUUUAAACUAUUACGUCAUGCAUCUUUAAAUACAUAGCAUAUUCAGAAGGUAUUCAAUGAUAUAUAUCUGCCAAGAUAUAUUACAUAUAUUUGAUAUAUUGUCAGUGAAGAACUUUGUUUUACAUGUCAGGAAGAAAAUAAGAGCAGGUAAUGGUAUGGUAAUCAAUAUUUAAACUAAAAAACUAGACUGAUUAAUGAAUGUUAUAAUUCUUGUCUGACAAUGAACUUAGUAUUAGGAGUAGUUGAUUUCAUAUGAGAGAGAACUAGUGAAUUAUUGCUUUCAGGGCCGGAUUUACCAGUAGGCCAUUGGCAGCUUAUAAUCUUGUUUCAGGUCUACACUGGAUAUUUGGGGGCUGACUGAUGAGUUUGGCCCACAAGUAGGAAAAUUCGGUCAUUAUUGCUGUCCCUAUUUCUCGGAUGAAAAUUGUGUUUUUAAAAGCAUUUUUUAUGGCACAGCUUCGCAACCCAGCUUAUUGUGUUUUUCAUUGAUGUAUAUACAUGUAUUUAAAUUAUUUAUAUUGCUGUGGUGUAAAUGUUAAUAAUAUAAAAAAAAUAAUUUUGUAAAUAAAAUAUUUAUAUAUUA